GUAGACCAGUCUAACCUCAACAAAAGCAAAAUACCAUGGAAAGCCACUCACCUUGUAAAAUUUGAGUUGGUUGUUGUCACUGGUCAAACGACGUUCCCGUCAAAUCUUCGACUCCUUCAGUCCUCUGGCAUGGCUUGCUGUUCCAUAAAUCAUCGCCGAUCAUCCCAACUCGCGACGCACUGAUAGCACAUCACACAAAGUGGUAUCACUAGUACACAGAGCAAGUCUUUACUGCGCGACGGUCCUAACUUUUCCAGCGAACUGUACGCGAGACAUCGGACUGAUCGGACACUUCCCAAAUAAACAGCGCGUGUCGGCCACCUAACGGCCGCCGAGCGAAGCGCCAUGGCGCUCACGAAAAUAUGGCGGGAACGCGCGGCGUCACGACUCGCGUAUAAUACCGACCGAGAGAUUCGCGCCGGCUCGUCUGGCUCGUCAGUCUAUUCGCGAAUCUCGGCCGCGCCAGACGGCGUCUCGCGCAAGCACUCUUACUCCGUUCCGCUUUGUACGCACCGUACGCUCGUAGCCCCACACGCACGUACAACACAAGCUCAACCGAGAGAGAACAGUGUCCGAAGCUCCGAUUCCCGGGCGCAGGCGUGUGCGGGAAAUGGCUGAGCAACCCGAGCCUCACCAUCACCACCAUCUUCGGGGCAAGGAUCAGCCUACCUCGCCGCAGCAGGCUAACAGCGGCGGCGUCAAGCAAGACAGCAGCGGCGCCACUACCGGGACGAGCGCCAACAACGCGCCGACGACGACGACGACCGCGACUACUACGACUACUACGACGACGUCGUCGACGAUGCACUCGAACGGUGGAGGCAAGGGCUCGGGCGACGACGCCGACAGCCUCGAGGAGUUGCCGCUCGAUGUCGGCGAACACUACCUCGUGCGCAGAUCCGCAGACGGCACCUGGCAUCCUGCUGAAAUCAUCCAAACUCGAUUUAAUGAAAUCGAAAGCUUUUAUGAAUAUUACGUUCACUACGAAGGCUACAAUAGAAGAUUGGAUGAGUGGGUACCCAGAGACAGAAUCAUGUGUAGCAGGUUCGAUAUGAGUGAACGUACUUGGAAGAACGGGGACAGGAACCAGAGUAUGGAUUUGCUGGCUGAUUCAUCGGAUAGAAAGAUUACUAGGAAUCAAAAGAGAAGACACGAUGAAAUUAAUCAUGUACAAAAGACAUAUGCUGAAAUGGAUCCAACUACUGCUGCAUUAGAAAAAGAGCACGAAGCCAUCACAAAAGUAAAAUACAUCGACAAGAUACAAAUAGGAAAGUAUGAAAUAGAUACUUGGUACUUCAGCCCUUAUCCAGAAGAAUAUGGAAAACAACCAAAACUUUGGAUCUGUGAAUAUUGCCUUAAAUAUAUGAGAUUAGAGAAAACAUACAGAUACCACAUGAGUGAAUGCACACAUAGACAACCUCUUGGAAAAGAAAUUUACCGAAAAGGAACGCUUAGUAUUUGGGAAGUCGACGGCAAAGAACAUAAAAUUUACUGCCAGAAUCUUUGUCUUCUAGCAAAAUUAUUUUUAGAUCACAAGACGCUAUACUUCGAUGUUGAACCUUUUCUUUUUUAUAUUUUAUGUGAAGUUGACAAACAUGGAGCCCAUCUCGUCGGUUACUUUUCAAAGGAAAAAGAAUCGCCUGAUGGUAACAAUGUUGCAUGUAUUUUAACACUACCUCCAUUUCAAAGACAAGGAUAUGGCAAACUUCUAAUAGCCUUUAGUUAUGAGCUUAGUAGAAUUGAGCAAACGGUCGGAAGUCCAGAAAAACCGUUAAGUGAUUUAGGAAAGCUGUCUUAUCGAAGUUACUGGAGUUGGAUACUUUUAGAAAUUCUGAGGGAUUUUAGGGGUACAUUGAGUAUUAAAGAUUUAAGUCAAAUGACUAGUAUAUCGCAAACCGACAUCAUUUCAACUUUGCAAAGUAUGAACAUGGUUAAGUACUGGAAAGGUCAACACGUUAUAUGCGUCACACCCAAGUUAGUAGAUGAACACAUCAAAAGUAGCCAGUACAAGAGGCCAAGACUCACAGUAGACAGUUCAGCUCUGAGAUGGGGUGCGCCACCUCGAAAGAAUGUGAAGCCUGGCAAGAAAUAAUGGGGCCACAUCUCGGUCACUCAAGAAACUUUAUAUUUAUUUCUCGAUUCAACCAUUCCUGAUAACUUGUACGUACAGCAUACAAGUUCCUUGGCUCUAUUAGGAUGUCUUGAAGUUCAAUUAUCCGUACUUUAUGUUCAUCGAUUUCACUGUACAAUUAUACGUGCAACGUUUUAGUGCAGAGACGUAAGAGAAACCGUGAUAUACAAUAGUUUUAUUCGAAAAAUCAAAUUAAAAUAGUGCUUGCUGUGAACAAACGACAAUCAACAACGCGAAAACCGUCAUUGAGCAGUAUUAGCCGCAUUAAGUGAUUCAUUUUGAAUGUGAAGUAAAAAACGAAAUAAAGCGAAUUUUUUAAGAUUCGUUUUUAUUUUUACUUCUUAUCCAAGUGAACAAUGUAUGAUUUAUUAUUAAACUGUACAUUUUGUAAUUUAUAUCUUAAAUUAACAAUUAAUUUUUUUAUUAUCCUCGUAUACUUAGUUUAUACAAAAAACUGUAAAUAGGAGUAUGAGAGUUAAGGAAAAUCUCAUUGAAAAUACUGCACUCAUAAUUAUGCUAAUCUGUGAGCAUCUUUAGCUAAUUCAACAGCGUAUUUAGAAGUGCCUGGUGCUGUACAUAUACCGUAGCCGCUGUGUCCAUAAUUGUGAAUAACCUUUUUUUUAUAAAAAAAAAAAGAAAAGUAAACAUUAAAGUGAUUAUUUUGUACUUCAUAA